AUGUUAGACAUAUUCUUCCCAGCCUUCUUCAGUUGCCUUAUUAGUAAUACUGAGCAACUCAUUCGUGAAAGAUAUGAUGAAGAUGUAGUUUUCCCUUGCCCAUUUAAGAGUAGGUCUCAAGUUGUAAUUCACUGGAGAAAUGAAGGAAACUAUGUUUGCAGUUACUAUCACGGCAUGGAUCACUUGGGGACAAAGUACCUGAGAUAUGCAAACAGGACAUCCUUCUUUCAUAAUGGUGGGAAUGCCUCUCUCUCUUCUCUCAUUGUCAGAAGACCGAGCCUUCUGGAUGAAGCAACUUAUAUCUGCUAUAUGGGAACAACAAGGGAAAGUGUCAGAAACAAAGUUGUGCUGAAAGUGGGAGCUUUCCACACACCUGUAAUGAAAUAUGUAAAGAGGAACAUAGAGAGCUUUCUGCCAAAUCAAGAUUUCCAUGUUACUUGGCCUGAGGUAGAAAAUGGGAGAUACUCUCUCUUGGAUUGGAGUAUAAGCUCAUCACAGGACACAAUUGCUACUAACCUUCAAUUCUCAUGGAAUAAAAAGAUGAGAUCACAGUUCCUCAUGACUUUGAGAGAUCUUCAUGUGUGAGAUAGUGGGGAAUACUUGUGAAAUGUUUCUUCGAUUGAGUAUACUUUUCUCACUGUCCACAGACUGCAUGUAGGGACCAGAAGAAACAGAUACUCUGCUGCUGAUGAUGAUCAAUCUUACCUGGUUCCCCUGGCAGAGGAAGACGUGGAUUGUGGUUCUUGA